AUGCAAAGUAUUGCUUCAUUAUUAGGUUAUCGUCAUAUGGCAAUAAACAAAGUUCAACAUUUAUUUCCGUAUGCAUUAAUGUUUACUACUUUUGUUCGAAAUAAACAUGAUAUGGAUUUAAAUGAUAAAAGGCGCUAUAUAAUACAUUUUUUAUAUGAUUUACCAGCAUUUUUAUUAGUUAUAGGCUUUAAAUUAUUGAAUAAUCCAUUAAAUUCAUUAUGUAGUCAAAUUACGACUUGUUGUUAUUUAGGUUGUUUGCCUAUUCCUGCCGAUGUAGAGACAUUAAAUAGUAUUGGGAUUAAAUAUGUUCUUAAUAUGUGUGCUGAAUAUAGCGGUCCACGUAAAACAUAUAAAAAAUAUAAUAUAAAGCAAUUACAUUUACCAACCGUAGAUAGUACAGCACCGUCAUUAGAGACAAUUGAAAAAGCAAUCAAAUUUAUGAAAGAAGCUUAUAAAAAUAAUGAAAAAAUAUUUGUUCAUUGUAAAGCUGGUAUGGGAAGAAGUUCUACGAUUGUAUUAUGCCAUUUGGUUGCUAAUGAAAAGAUGUCACCGGAAAAUGCAUUAAAAUUACUCAAAGAAAAACGACCUGAAGUAUCAAGUAGUAUUAUGACUUACGGAUCUGUGAAACAGUUUUUUGCCUUGUUGAAAAACAAUAAAAUGCAAUAA